AUGUCGUUUGAAGAAAUCGAUACUGAAGAUAGUGCUAGCUCACUCAGUGAAGUGAGUUCACUGGAUGAUGAAUUUGAUACAAUGCACCUUGAUUCUGACAGUUCUGAAGAAGUUACUGAUUAUGAUGAUGACGAUGAUGAUGAUGAUGUGGAUUCACAUACUUGGAGUGAAAUAGAACUAGAAUAUGAUGCAGAAUUCUUGGAAGAUCAUGGACUUAUUGAAGAUCAAGAUUUGCCGGCAGGUAUUGGACAUGCUCAAACAAUAGUAAUGAAACUAUUAGAUGGUUUUGAUGGAUGUUAUCGAACCGUAGUAGCUGACAAUUUCUUUACCAGUAUUUCUCUUGCGAAAUAUUUGUUGGAACAUGAUACGUAUCUCAUUGGAACAUUACGAAGUAAUCGUGUUGGAUCAGGAAGUAAAGUUCUUGAAGAAAAUCUUAGUCGUGGAGAAGUUUAUGGACUUCAGAAUAAAGAUGGAAUUAAAUUAAUCAGUUGGUUUGUAUGUAUACUUACAUGUUAUUAUGUAAUUCGUCCUAUUUCGAUUAAAUUAGUUCGAUUUAUUUUAACAAGUUUUUUAUAUAUAUUAUUAAGUUAUAUCACUUGUCAAAAUCUUCCUCGAUUUGAUGUAUCGGCAACAUUAACAGUUGUAAUGUUUUGGUUAAUGUCAAUUCGUUUAAUUUCUUUGACAUCAUUUUCAACAAAAACAUUGUUAACAUUUCAAACAUUUUUAUUGAAAACUCUUUGGAUGUGUUUUCCAAUUUUACUUAGAAAAACAGCACAAAAUCAAUGGCCUAUAAUAUUUAGUAUAAUAUUAAUCAUAAUUAAAUUAUUAAUAAAUCAUUGGACUUAUCGAUGGUUUAUGAAAUGUGAAAUGGGAUUUAGUUAUCAAAGAACUUUUUUAUUUUGUUUAGCUUUAAUAACAAUAUCGUAUGUUCUUGAGAUUGGAAUGAUUUUCGGUCGGAUUUUAACUCUAGAUAAAUAUACAUUGGAAUCAUUUACCAAUUUUCCAAUAUUUAGUUCACCAUUACGAGAAUUUUGGGGUCGAAGAUACAAUCGAAUUAUGCAUACAAUUUUCAAAGAAUCAAUUUUUGAACCAAUUCGAUUAGAAUUUUCAUCUUCAACUAUUGGAGCAUUGACAACAUUUAUUAUAAACGGUCUUCUUCAUGCUCAUAUAUGCCUUGUUAUUUUUGGUGGUAAAUCAUUAUUUCCAACCUUUAUAUUUUUCCUUUUACAUGGUAUUGCUUAUUCUAUUGAAACAAAAAUGAAAAUUCAACUUCCUAAACUUGUUGGAUGCAUAAUAACGCAUUUAUUUCUUCUUAUUACAUCACCACUCGUAGUUAAACCAUUUAUACAGAGCUGGGCAACUCAACUCAAAAUGGUGGUCAAUUCAAUUCAAUUCAUUGAAAGAAAACUUCAACUUAAUUCAAUUCAAUUCACAGAUACUAUAAAUUUUUUCUCAACUCGACUCAAUUCAAUUCAUGCGUCUUGGAAAAACUCUGCAUUUAUAGAUGAAGGAUCUCCAUUUAUAAUGCUUAAUCCUCCACUAUUUAUCAACGCUGGAUGGAUACCAAAAUUACCUGUACCUAAUUUUUGUCUAUGA